AAAGACCGAUUAACAUUCGUUCACGUUUUAGAGGAAAGGAGAAAAUGAAAUAAUAAAGUACAUAGUGGCGGAGAAAAAAACUUCAUAGUGUAGUAUAAAAUGCAAGAUGAUGAUCACCAACGUGGAACUAAUCAUGAUAUUGAAUUGCACAAAGAUUGUUUAAAGUAUGCACAUGACGAACUAGAAGAAUUUAAGCAGAAGUCAUUAACUCUGGAUCUAUUUAACUUCUAUAUACCAGUUCUCAUAGAAGGGACUUGUUUGAAUGUUGUACCUGGCAGACAAUGCGACAGAGUAUAUUGUAAUACAACAUGUUUCGAGAGUCAAGCAUUUGUUACUCUAAACAUCAGUUGAUUGGUGCAUAUAGAAAAG